CUGCUCGUCGGAGCGCUGAGCCUGAUGGGAUAUUAUCUGUGAACGCGAGUGUUCACUAAAGCUCUGCGAGCAGAAACGCUUUGCUGCGCAGACGUUGUAUAGAGAACACAUCUAAACUGAAGGAGUUACACACUGGACCAGGAUGAUGAAGAGGGUUCUGUGUUGCACCAGCUACAGUUCUCAUCCUCCUUUCUGAUCCUCAUCCUGCUGCAAUCAGGGGUUUUCAGGCUAAAACAUCUAACUGUGUGAUCUUGUUUCCGGUUCUGUCAGUCGUGCAGAUGGAGAGGCGGCGCCCGGCAAAAGAAGACGUUUGUCCUCUGGACAGCAAGCUGAUGAGGAAGGACAGCACCAGGCCCGCCACUCCAAGGGGAAGCCCCGCCCAGCUUGGACAGGGGGAGGACCAACCUGUUUCAGACUGGGGGGGACCUUUGGAGGAGAGACUGUCCAGUGAUGAUGAGUUGGGGCGACUGGACAUUGAUCUGGACAGAAAAUCCAGACAGCACAACCUGACCUCCAACAAUGUGCGCACCAUCCUCCAUGAGGUGAUCACACAUGAGAAGGUGGUGGCCAUGAUGAAGGCAGCCAUCAUGGACACAAAGGACCUGCCCCUGUUUGAGCCAAAGAUGACCCGGUCUAGACUAAAACAAGUGGUCCAGCAGGAACAGGCUCACACCUGGAGUCUGUCGCUAUUGAAUCCCCUAAAGCCUCCUCAGUUUGUUGAUAUCAAUCUUGAGGAAGAUGAAGACUCAUCAGAUGAGGAAUAUUGUCCUGACGAGGAAGAAGAGGACACAGCUGAAGAGACCAUCCUGAGUGAUGCAGACAGCUUGGCCUCGCCUCUCAGGACUCAUGUGGGUUCUCAGACCAACCCUAGGAACCCAAAUGCUGAAAAACCCAAGCAGUCGCUGCAGAGUUUUUCAGGAGACCUGAGAGGACAGGAGGAGACGUGCACAGAUGCUGCGCUGCAGCUCGUCUGUGGUCCUGCUGAGCGCUCUUUCCUAGAAAAACUGGGUGCUGUGGAUGAAGAGUUGGCCUGCGGCCCCACCUACACCUAUGACCAGUCUAUUGACAGAAAACAUGUGGAUGAGGAUGGUGUUGAUGAAGGCUCUAGCUGUUUGGCAUACCGCACGCGCUCCAAACUCCCGCUGGUUAACAUCCCCCUGGACCAGCUGGAGGCAGAGCUUCUGGCUCCAGACAUCACAGCGGAUAUGUACGAUCAGAGCUCCGCCCAUCGUGACGAGGACUGUCAUUGGACAAACUGGCUGCAGAGUCUUAUGGCGCCGGACUGUGAAGAUGAGGCGGAGGACGAGGAUGACCCUGAGUACAACUUCCUGGACGAGCCAGAUGAACCAGACCUAGAGGACUACAGAACAGACCGCGCAGUCCAGAUUACCAAGAAGGAAGUGAAUGAGCUUCUGGAGGAACUUUUUGAUGCACUCCGUGAGGAAGACGCAACAGCUGAGGAUGAGGAGGCCCCAUCAGAGAUCCUUCCAAAGUUUAACAUCCCCCAAGCUCUACGUUUUGAGGCGCCGUUAGCCAGCAUGCUGACAGAGAGGCGGCAGACGGUCAGAAGGCAGUAUGAAGCUCUGCAGCAAAGAAGAGUCCUACAGGACACAACCAACCACCCUGACAACAGCACCACCCAAAGGGACACCACCCCCCCCAUCUUGGUGUUGCCUGGACUCUGCUCCACCCUUCGCCUGACCCCCGUCCAGAAGCUGCAGCUUCAGCAGCAGAUGCAGCAGCACGUCCAGCUGCUGACUCAGGUUCACCUUCUGAGCCGUCGUGUUUCUGCCCUGAACCUCCAAGCCGUUCUCAGCAAACAGUACCUGGAAGAGCUGCAGAACUUCGCCUGCCAAAGGGAGGAGCUUUGUCUCCCCAGCAGUUUCAGAGCAUGUAAUCUUCAGGGGGCAUUGCAUCUCCUGCAGGAGGUGGAGCAAAGAGAGGAGUCUCCACCUGCUCCUCUAGCUUGUGCAGCUGCCAAGCGCUUGCUCCCACACAUGACUCCUGCUACCUGCAGCCACGCCUUUCCGCUGUUGCCAGCUGACGUUGCCUGGCUGUUUGCCACAAGGCCAGUUUUCCUCCACCCAGAGCUGCUCCCAGUCUGCAGCCUGGACCCCGCCCUCCACAACAGACCCCACAGGAGUGUUUACACUGCAGGAGAGGACAGGCUGAUCGUUCUGGGUCUGAAGCACUUCGAGGGGGCAGUCCAGGCCGACCAGCUGAUGACCUCGUACCUGCUGUGCAAAAGUCGAUGGAAUGUCAGAAAACAUAUUCGAGAGAUGAGCGGUUCCAGAGCGCCGCAGGGCAACGUCAUUCAGACGUUUGUAAAGCAGGGGACCCUUCCCCAGAUGACCCCUGUCUGCAGCAGAGUGGAGCCUGGAGACCAGAGGCCCCCGGUGGACAGAAACACAUCCAGCAUGCCAAACUGGCUUCAGAACAGUCAGCUGAUCAUCCAGAAGAACCGACUGGAUGGGAAUCAUUACCCUCUCACCCUCCCCCAAGGCUGCACCUUGAGGCUCCACCCCUCUUAUCUGAACAAGUCCCGCCCUCCUCGUCGAGUUCAUCGGCGCCUCUUCACUCUGGCCCACAAUGCAUCUCUGCUUCCUCUGGCCAAAGCCUACACAGACAGACAGGUGGGGACACAGGUGAAGGAGAUGGGGGGGGGGAUUAGCUGCCCCACUCCUCCUCCCCUCCCGUCCCCCCCUAAUCCUGAGCCGAUAACGGGAGCUCUGUCAUUCGCUUUGCGUGCUGACGCCAUGCAAAGCCCUGUUCCUUUGUCUGGCCGUGAUACUACAACUCCCAGCAUUCCAUGUGCAGCUGUUGCAAGAAGUCCACAUUAUAUUUUUCUUCCGAUGUCUACUCCAACAACUUCUGGCACACUUGGUUCCCAGCAUGCAGUGGGGCAACAAAAGCAUGAGGAUGUGGAUGUUGGGGGGACCACUUCCAAGUUUGAGAAGCUGAUGAGACAAGUGGAGGACGAGAAAACCUCCUCUCUGAGUCCAGCCACCUCCUGCAGGAGAACUGAGGAGAAAGAGCAGCUGUUAAAGGAGUCUGAGGUGUUGGAUGGGACAGAAGAACAGUUGGAGAGCCUAGCAGGAGCAGGGGAAUGGGGGGGUGACAUUGAGCUGGAGGAUGGAGGAGACGACCAGAAGGGGGAGGGAGGACACAGGGAGGAGGAGGGAAGAGACGGGGAGCAGGAGGACAGAGGAAACGACCAGAAGGGGGAGGGAGGACACAGGGAGGAGGAGGGAGGAGACGGGGAGCAGGAGGACAGAGGAGACGACCAGAAGGGGGAGGGAGGACACAGGGAGGAGGAGGGAAGAGACGGGGAGCAGGAGGACAGAGGAAACGACCAGAAGGGGGAGGGAGGACACAGGGAGGAGGAGGGAGGAGACGGGGAGCAGGAGGACAGAGGAGACGACCAGAAGGGGGAGGGAGGACACAGGGAGGAGGAGGGAAGAGACGGGGAGCAGGAGGACAGAGGAAACGACCAGAAGGGGGAGGGAGGACACAGGGAGGAGGAGGGAGGAGACGGGGAGCAGGAGGACAGAGGAGACGACCAGAAGGGGGAGGGAGGACACAGGGAGGAGGAGGGAGGAGACGGGGAGCAGGAGGAUGGUGGACAUGAAGAUGGAAGAGACGGCAAAAAGGAGGAGGGAGGAGACGGGGAGCAGGGAGACAAAGAUAGAGAAGACCAAGACUGUCAAAGAGAUGAAGAGGAGGAAGAGGAGGAAGAGGAAGACUUUGAUGACCUUACACAAGAUGAAGAUGAGGAGGAGGUCAUGUCCUCAGCUUCAGAGGAGUCUGUGCUGUCGGUUCCAGAGUUGCAGGAAACCAUGAAGCAGCUGACCUGGCUGGCAGCAGAGCGACGCCUCUGCGGAGAUAGAGACUCUGAUGAAGACCACUCUCCCACUUCCCCCGGCUCUCAGGAGGAAGAGGAGGAAGAGGAGGAGGGGAACAAGGACCAGGGAUCAGGAGAGGGGAGGACCAUAAAAUCCAGUCUGGAUAAGGAGGUGCUACAUAGCAAAAGAGCGCCCAAAAGAGGAGGGCGAUGUCCCAAACGAGGACGAGAUCACAGCCGUCCUCGCCGUGGUCUCAGGAGUCGGCGUUUGGAGCGCCGCAGUAAAGAUGCUGCCAAGCUGCUGCUGCUGUAUGAUGAGAACAUCCUGGACAACGACCCCCACAGAGACAGCAAAGACGCAGCCUUCGCCCACAGCUACCUGAACCGGGUGUGUGAAGCACUACAGGAUGUACCUGGGCAGGUGGAGGAGUUUGUGUCGUUGCUGAAUAAAUUUGAGCUGGUUGCAGACGGCCAGGAGGUGGUGCUACUGUUCAGGAAGCUGCGCCUCAUCCUAGGACACCGGACGGACCUGCUCCGAGAUUUUGCAGCAUUUCUGCGUCCCGACCAGGCCCUGCAGUGUGGACUGUUAGAGGAGCAGCAAGCCUUUGAGCGCAGCCGCCGGUUUCUGCGACAGCUGGAAAUCAGCUUUGGAGACAACCCGUCACUGUACCAGAAAAUCAUUAAAGCUCUGCAAACCGGCCCAGACCUGAGUUCAGCUGGAAUCCAGGAGCUGAAAGCUCAGAUGUCCUCGCUGCUGAAAGGCCACACCCACUUGCAAGCUGAAUUCUGGGUGUUUUUCGAUGAACUGCGCCCCCCUCCAGCCCGUCCUGGACAGUUUGAAGAAGCUCACUGGCUGCAGGAUGGAGACACGGGGGAGGCGUUAAGCUUGCUGUCAGGAGGUGGAGCCAGUGGCGGCUUUGAGGAAGUGACACUGCCAGAGCUGGCAGAUGAAGACGAGGGGCUGAAGAUCCAAUCAAUGAAGAGCCGGUGCCAAAGGAGAAAAAUGGAGUCCCACAGAAGCUACAAGGGCUCAGUGGGCGUGUCCAGAGCCGCGAAGAGCCUGAACAACCUGUACGCUCAUAUUAACCCCGCCCACUGUGAACCAGGGGAGGGGAACCAGGAGAGGAAAGAGAUUGAGGACAACAUUCAGCCAGAUCAGAGCGAUGCAUCAUGGGAUGACACAAGACACCCUACAGAUGAAAAGGAGGAGGGAUCUGAUGACAAAGAUGAAGAGCACAACAAUUUCAGGGAGAAGAAAACUGAGGAGAGCCUACCUUCAUGUUCCUCUUCAUAUGAACCUUCAUUCUCUGCUCCUCCUGACCCCCCUGUUUGUGCCAAGAACAUUUCUUUGACAGCAAGUGGAGAGAAGGUUGUCCUCUGGACCAGAGAAGCGGAUCGUGUCAUCCUAACUAUGUGUCAGCGGGAAGGAGCCAAUCAGAGCUCCUUUCAGGCGAUCUCAUCUCUACUUGGCAACAAAACCGCUAAUGAGGUGUCCGGCAGGUUUCAGGAUUUGGUGCGGCUGUUUCGAACAGCGGCCCGUCACUGUACCUCGGAGGAUGUGGCUCCGCCCAUUGAACCUUUAACCCAAUCAGAAUAAAACUGCCACCACUACUUGAGGAAUGUCCUUUCCUAACCUUUUAUUUUGAAAAGACUCAGCCUGUCGUUCUUGUUUACUAUUCUUGUAAAUACCAGAGUAUUUAUACGUAUGAAAGAAAAUAAAAACAAAUCUUGUUGGAUCAAGAGUAAAA